UCGCACCUUGCGGUGGAUUUACAGCCAUUGAGAAAAAGGGGGCUAUUUUUUUUUCUCCGCUGGCCAUGGUGGAGUAACUGCUGCGGGCGGCUGGAUCUUCUUCUUUGCGGAGGAAAAAAGCCCUCGAUGGAUGUAGGAGGGCAGGUGCUGAUCGGAGAAGCCCCCGCGUGAGGAGCUUUGUUGCGAUUUCGUCCCAACCAUGUCUGUCCCGGUUCUCGUGUUUGUGUGCCUGGGUUUGUCCGAGGCAGCGGCCACUGGACGAAAUCCAGCCUUCACCCCCACCCUGCCCCCGCUGACGCCGGCCACGGCCACCUUCUCCGGCCGGCUGGCCACCGUCGAGCCGCCGAUCACGGACCCCAGCAUCCCCGGGGCGUUUGGGCAUCAUCAGAAGUCAGUGCAGAUCAGCAGCAUGUCAGACAGGGCUCAUCCACAUGCCAUGGAGAAUGGCCAAGAUCUGGUGUGUAACUGCAGUGUCGAGGGCACUCUAGAACCAGAUGAGUGUGACCAUGACACAGGGCAGUGUGUGUGUAUGGUGGGCUACACCGGGCUGCAGUGUGAGGAGUGCGAAGAAGACCACUUCACCAACGGCACGGAUGGCUGCCUGCCCUGCGGCUGCGAUUCGUUCGGUGCGGUCAGUCCCCGCUGUGACAGUUCGGGGACGUGUGUGUGUAAGACGGGAGUGUAUGGACCCAAGUGUGACGACUGCCACCCGGGAUUUUUUCACUUCAGCAGUACGGGGUGCCAGCCGUGCCAGUGUAACCAACACUCCACUUACUGCCACCCACAGUCAGGUGUGUGUCUGGACUGUCAGGACAACACGCAGGGUCAGAACUGUGAGGAGUGUGUGCCGAGGUUCUACAGAGUGCUGGGCAGUAGUGUGAAGGACGGCUGUGUUGCCUGUCCCUGUUCUGACCACAGCUCCACUGGAACCUGUCAUCUAGAUGCCAGUGGCCGUCCCAGGUGUGACGAGUGUAAGGCGGGGUUUAAGGGGUCGGCGUGUGACGUGUGUAUGGAUGGUUUAUAUAAAUCAGGAGAUGCCUGUGUGCCCUGUGACUGCAACGGCAAUGCAGACCCCCGCUCUGGGCCCCAGAUAUGCCACCCGGAGAGCGGGCACUGUCUCCGCUGUGCCAAUAACACAACGGGUACUCACUGUGAGCUCUGUGCCCCGGGAUACACGGGGAACGCCCGAGCCCACAACUGCACCUUUAGAGCUGUGAGACUCCUGCCAACCAAGUCAUCGACAGCCAGCGCUCUCCACACCACCAGCACCACUGCUUCCACACCUCCUGCUACUUCGCCCUUCCUGCUCCUCACCUUCUCUUCCGGCUCCAGCACUCCAACUUUGCAGUCCAGCCCGGUGGACUCUGCGUCCAACAACAGCACGGCCUCAGCUCUCACCGUAGUGUCCUGGACGCAGUUUAACAUCAUCAUCUUGGCCGUAAUCAUCGCAGUGGUGGUGCUGCUCAUGGCCUUGGUGGGUGGAGUCUACACGUACCGCGAGUAUCGCAAUCGCAAGCUGAACGCGCCCUUCUGGACAAUUGAGUUAAAGGAGGACAACAUCAGCUUCAGCAGCUACCAUGACAGCAUCCCGCACGCCGACCCCAAUGGUCUGCUGGAGGAAGAGCCUUGCGUCGUGGCUGCAAAUGGCCAGCUGGCCCUAGCUACCGCCGCUAACAUGUACAAAGCGUGAAAGAAGGUGGGAGAUACCUCCCGAAGAUUCCCAGUGAAGGACGGUGGGAGGUGCCUCCCAGAGAGUCCUAAUCUGAGGAAAAGACAUUACAUUUUCAACUAAAAUACCUUUGCCGGGAGCCAAUCCUAACAUCUCAGUCCAGCGGAUCGCCUGUUUCUAAGGUUUUAUCGCUCCCACUUUGAUCUUAGUGUUCUCUCCUACUGUGUGAGACCGAUAUUCCCAGUGGAAGGAAAUAUAUUUAUGGAUUUAUUGAAGGUACCCUUGUUUUUGGAGCCAGUGAGAACGUCUCAGCCCAGUGGAUUACCCGCUUGCAAGGGUUAAUUGCUCCCUUAUCAAUGUCAGUGUUGUGGGAGGUGUCUCCUGGAGAUUCCCGAUCUGAACGGACAGGAUCCUUCAACCAGGAGUCAGUGCUAACAUCUUAAUCUAGCUGAUCACUUGGUCAAAAGUUUAAUUGCUCCCUCUUGUUUUGAAACAUCUCAUGGAAUUUGCAUUUAAGAAAACAAGACUCUACACAAUUCCAACUUCAAACCGAAUUCAUAGGUAACAGCUUAUUCGAGUGGAUCACCUGCCUGUAAUCUUGAAGCCAGUUCUAACAUCUCAGCCCAUUGGAUCACCUGUUUGUAAAUCGUAAUGACAGUGUGAACAUCUCAGUCCAGUGGAUCCCUCACUUGCAAUUGUUUAUUGCUCUCUCAUCAAGGUCAGUGUCCUUACCUUAGAUGCAAGAUAUUGGGAGGCAUCUUCUAUUAUUCCCAAUGUAAGAAAAAGGUUCUUGAACCUGGAGCCAGUGCUGAAAUCUUAAUUCAGUCGAUCUCUCGCUCAUAAGUGCUUGCUCCCUUGUUUUUAUAUAUCUCAUGGAAUUUGCAUUUAAGUAAACAGGACUCACAAUACUACACAAUCCAAAUUUCAAACUUAUGCAGAAUCUAGAGGUAAACAUUCAAUCCAGUGGAUCACCUUCCUGUAGUCUAAGAGCCAUUGCAAACAUCUCAGCCUAGUGGAUCUCCCACUUGCAAGUUUUUUUCCUGGAGAUUCUAGGAAAAGGAACAUGAGGAAAAGGUGCUUGAACCAGGAGCCAAUGUUAACAUCUUAAUCCAGUUGAUCACUUGACCAAAAAAAUUUAGUUGCAGAAUUUGCAUUUAAGAAAACAAAACUGUGCUUUAAAUUCAUGCUGAAUCCACAGGUCACAGCUCGAUCCAUUGGAUCACCUGGUUGUAUAUCUGGGAGACAGUACAACACCUCUUCAAUGUGAGUGUCCACCCCUUUAAUGCAAGAUGGUGGGGAAAAGGUGCUUGAACCAGGAGCCAGCGGUAACAUCUUAAUCCAGUUGAUCACUUACUCAAUUCAAACGUUUUAUUGCUCUUGUUCUGGAACAUCUUCUGGAAUAACAUCUCAGUCCAGUGGAUCACCUGCUUGUGAUGCUCUCUCUUUGUGAUGCUCUAUCAAAGUCUUCAGCAACUUGAAGAAGUUAGUAGGUGGUUUCUAUUUUCACUUAAGGUACACUUGUGGGGAAUCCGAAACAAUAAGUUUAAUCCAAUGUAAAAGAUCCUUUAGCUUUUUAUUAAAGGUACCCCUGCACAGGGAACCAGGAACCCAUAUGAGUUGAGUCUCCAGGAGUUCUCCAGUCUUUCUCCAAGGGAAAGAUGCCAUUGCUAACAUUUCAGCCCAGUGGAUCACCAUUCCUAAUGGUCUAUCAUCACACCCCCACUUUACUGUUAACCCCACUUUUCUGGGAGUUUAAGACUAGCAACAUGCCAUGUAGAUGUAACUGCAGGAUGCAAAUCAAAUAGGAUUUGAAGGCCUAGAUAUUUAUGAGACUGAGGAUUUGGGUGCUGGUGUUUAAAAACACAAAUCUAGCAAAUGUUUGAAAUGGCCAUUACAAAUUCUCCAAAUUAAUAUAGGGUAGAGGACAAGAGAAAUUAUGACCCGAUCCCAUUUCUCAUAUGUACCCCUACUCCUUGUUUUGGAUUGCCACUCUUCUCAUUGGAUUGGAGUUACAAGGGAAAGUGCUUGACUACUUCCCCUAAGAAACCGAUACGUCUGCUGAUCUGUAGUCCUAACACUUCUUCUUGCCUCUCAAUCUCAACAAGUAUUAGGACAACUUAUCCCUAGGCCAGAGAAACCUAGAACCCUGCAAAACGGAGGGGUAGGGGCAUGGGGUGAAAUGGGAUUGGGCCUAAGUCAGCCUCAACAUGAAGCUUGAUCACUCAUCCUGUAGGAUGGAUGACACCUACACACUUUUCAUGCUGUAGGAACCUUGUAAUAACAUUAGACUCUUCCCUGAUUGGGAGUUAACCUCCACUUCCUACUUUCCCACAGGAGGUAAUUUCACACAGAACAAGUGGGACUAUCUGGGUUUAUUUGAGCCUUGUUCUGGUAUGUAGUUGUUUUAACAGUGUACAGACGUGAUGGAAAAAAAAUACAAUGAGAAGAAAAUAUUUGGCAAACUUAUGUCCACAGAGAAUGAGUAGAGAACAAAGGGGCAGUUUGACGAUUAGAUUUUUUAAAAGGUUAAACCUUAGUCUAAUUAGACCCAUCAUGUCUCUGGAGAACAAUGGUAUGCUUAAAGUGUGUAGGAGGUGAGAUUUGUUUACUGAAACCCCCAAUUUACUCUUAAGAUCGUAAUCCCUUUUAGAACCUCCGGCAUCUAAGGGUCUCCUGGUGAUGAAGGGAUUGAAUAACGGCCCAGAUGUGACCGGCGCCUCCUAUGGGACUGAUCUGACUGAGUGAGCCUUUGCUGGACCUGGGCUCAGCCUGUGUAGCAGGUCUUUAAUGAUUAACUCAUCUUUGGCACUGUGCAAAACAAGGAAUGCUGAUCUCCACCUGACAACAACUGAAGAAAAAAAAAACAAAACAUAAAACAGUCUUAUCUGGCCAAUCAGUGGCGCUCACUCCCGUUUUAGCCUUACUGUGCGCGUGUGUGUCUGUUUGUGUGUAUGUGCGCAAGUAUGUGUAUAGAGCUGGAUUCUAUACAAGAAUGUACAAAGACUUUCUGAGCACGAAUGGAUGUUGCAUCGUUUCACUCGAAGCCGGUAAACAGUUUUGACAGUGUUUUAACUGAAAGCCAUGUAAAGUCGGACAGACGCCGAGAGGAUAUAACCAGGUUUUUUUCUUCAUUUUUUUUUUAAAUCCAAACUGAUCAAACGACUUCGUAUCUAGUCUGUAAAUCAAGAUGAAGCUUGGAAAAAAAGUUUUGUAAAUGUACAGGACUGUGUGUUUAUUCCUUUCCAGGGACCAUGUUCAAGGUGACUGCAGCCUCACUUGAGAGAGAGGGUGGCCUUCAAGAUGACUGCUUGAUUUUGUUUAGUAAAAGUUCGUGUUUAUUUAUUGAUUUCUGUGCUCAUCGUUAAGGUCUCAUGUUCUUUUCUCUGUUCUCCUGCUGUCCAUGUGUUCAUUUUUGCGUUGUAGUGAAGGUGACCAAUGGGGAAAUAACUAGGGAUGCACUGAAUAUUUGGCAACCAGACAAGAAAAGAUUCAACCAAAAAAUUAAAAAAAUUAAAACACUCUUGGUUAUGGACGAAUAAUGAAAAGACUUAAAAGUCCAGUGUCCCAGUGCUGCUGUGUACAGAGCAGGGAGUGAGGGAGAGAGCUGGUUUGGGAGAUCGGAUAACUAGCAUGUUAAGUUUUAUUUUUAUGCUGUACUUGCUCAAACUAAAUGAAAUGAAUCAUUCAGCAUUUUUUUAUCACCCUUUGUAUUAGUUUAUUAUCUCUUCACAAACUGGCUGUUUUCCAGCUGGGAGAUACUGUACAAGCUGUACAUUGCUAGCUAGCUAAGAUGGCAAUGUACACUGAGCUAACCUAGCUAGCGUGAUGGCCCCUGUAAUCAUCCACUUCACAAUCAAAACAUUGGAAAUCUAAGCUUACUGUAAAUAAAUGAAAGCUCUUUACUCACCCAAAUAAACUGUGUGUAGAUAUGUGUGUAGAUUAACACUCAGGACUCGUUUGGCUUUGAAAGAAAAUAUAUAUAUUUUUUAAAUUAUAGUUUUAUUUACUUACGCGCCCCCCAGCGGCAAGACCUACUGGAAUUAAAAGGGUAGCCAAUUAUCAGCAAUUUUACUUCUGCUUAAUAUACCCAAUAUUAACAUUUAAAAUAUAUAUACCUAAGCUUUUUAUUUCAGAAUAACACAAAAAAAAUAAUAACAUAAAAUGGGUGGCUGAUAAAGUUCUUAUUAAUUCAGAUUUUCGCAUUAUGUUGCUUAUUUGUGGGGCUGUGUCUUCGCCUGCUUCUACUAUUUGUGAAACAGCGUUUCUACACUGUGCCUAUGGCAUCCAGCGACCCCCAGUGGUGUACAAUAAGAUUGCAUUUGUCCUGUUUGGGCACCCAUACUCUGCUUACAUCAAAGUAACAUGGCUGUACCCUUGUUUACCUAAUUUAAGUCAUUCUUGGAAGUGGACAGCUGUAAAAAAAAUAAUAAAUAAAAAUAAAUAGCUGUUGAAAAUAAAUAGUCGUGCUACGGAAAUGCGGUGCAUGCGGCACAGUUUUUACACAUAGAAUUACACCAUUGUUGGUGCUACUAAAUUUUUUUUUAUUUCGGAAUUGUUUGUCUAAGGAGGGAGCUGACAUGUUUAAAAAAUUUUCCAUUCCAACACAUUUGGUAGAAAGAAAAAGUAAAUUUCGCAAUGAGAAACUGGCCAGUAAUAAGGGCAAUAGCGCUAGCUAGCUAACUAACUUUGUUUACCAGAAGUCAGACUGUGUUAUUGUGUGUAAAUUCCAAGUUGGCUAGAUAGCUACACAUGUGACGCGAGUAGCUAUAGCGAUGCUGUGGAAAAUCUGUAUGACUAAAUUUUUACUGCUUAGGUAACUAAAUGCUUAGGUGCUAAAUGUGUGACUAGAACAGCAUGACUAAAGUAAAUUUAUAAUUAGAACGGCAAUACUAAGGUCAGUUUGAGUUGAGCUGAAUUCAUGACUAAAAUUCCACUGCUGAGAAACAUUUAUAGAGUGGUUUAAAAAUGUUAUAUAUUUAAUAUAUUGUUGUUUUAUUGUUGCUUUUUGGUUGAAAAGUCAAAAUGAAAACCUGUGAAAAAAUAGGUUCAGUAUUUGGCAUUCAGACAAUGUUUGAUUUAUUUGGUUUGUCUUCAGUUUUGGGCAAAAAAUCUCUUUUCGGUGCAUCCCUAGAAAUAACCUCAAAUUUUCUUUUUUUUUUUUACUUAUCAGAAUUAAAUGCCACAGAUUGACUAAUAUUGCACCAAAACACUGACCAAAAGGUCAUGAGAUCAAGAUUUCCUCUUUUUUUUUUUUUUUUUUUUUGAGUGUGUUGGCUGUCUUUAGCUUUGACAAGUCUCAGGCGAGAGGUCAUAUGUGUGUUCCUACUGUGUUCUCCUCAUAAUUCCACACGCACACACUCACACAACUGCUGAGGAGCUGGCUCUUCAGUGCAUGCUGAGGAUGAUCUGGAUGAUUUGGAUUUGUACUUCCCUCGAUCCCCUGGUUUACAUGAAUUUAAGUAGAAGGUUCAGGUCUCCACUUAUACGGGUGGAUUAUUCCGGUUUGAAUUGGCCAGAGCACAGGUACACUACAUGCCAAAAGUCUGGAUCCAGUAUGUUUGAGUUUGCUUUACUGGUAUACAAGUCAUUUAUGGUAUUUGGUAAAAUUCAGAGAAUCUGGGAACCCUGCCCAGAGUAAUAAAGUCAGCCGAGAGUUUUGAAGCCUGAACAUCUGGAGUUAUUUAAAACAAAAUGUAUGCGCAGUAGGUGAGCGGUAAUGAGCUGAACCCUUGUUGAUUCUCCUGCGGAGUUUUAUUACAGCUCUAAUCAGAUCCACCUGAAUUGGUUUACAGUGAACACUUUUGCAGUCUCUACACCUGCACCAGAGGAAUAAAACACACCACCACUCUUUUAAAAUUAUAUUUCUGUAGUUUGUGACAAGGCAAAGACAACCACAUUCAUCAUUUAGUUAUAUACCGUGGCCUCUGCUUUAAACCAAACCAUGCAGUGAACUCAUACACAUACAUAGAUAUCACUGUGACAUCCAGGGAGCAGAGAGGGUUAGGAGGGUUAAGUCCUUGCUCAAUGGCCCAACAUUGGCAGCUUGAAAUGUUGAUUGCCGAGACUUAAAAAAAUCUGCUUUAAUUUUACUAAACUUACCUCAUAUUUGAUUGUAUUAGACCAAGAUUAGGGCACAAUCCUGCUGUGCUCCUGUGUCUUCACCCCUGUGUAGUACUUUAGGGACGGUAGAAGAAAUAACGGAUAAAAUGUGUAAAGAAUAACUCUCUUUCACUUUCUCAAAAUGUAUCUUUGUAAUGUCAAACCAAUUGUACAAUACAAAGAAAUGUACACAUGUUUUACCGUUGGGUUGACAUCCCAAGGUCACAUUUACUUUUUACUUGUUUUGUACAGUAUUUUUCAUAUGGUCCCUAAAGUGCCGAUGGACGCUAAAGGCAUGGGAGAACGACCAGAUUUUGCUUCCUUUUUGUCAAAUAUAACCAGAUUAAAGUUAAGCUUAGUAAAAAAAAAAAAAAAAAAGGUUUAGUAAAGAUGGUGGUUACAGUUUGUUGUUUAUCAUGAUGAUUUGACCUGCACUCGGACAAGCUUCAAGGCUUCCAGUCAAAUACACAGUGUAGGUUAAAAACCUCUGGUAUGGUAUAUGGUAUUGGUUUGCAGUGACCCUUCCCUCUGAGGACAGCAAACCAAAAUGUUAAUCCUGCUACUAAGAACUAAGAACUCUCAUUGGUGUAACAUGGUAGAGUUGAACCACAGACUGCUACAGUGACUUCCCACAGUGGUGUUUCCCAAAGUACUGCCCCUGACCCAUCACGUUGGGGGUUAGUCAUCUAACCAUACCAUGGAUGGGUUCAGCUGCACAUCUUCUCUGUGUAGUUGUGGUCAAACUUUCAUUGCUGGUGGUCUGGUCAUUCCCUGCAUUGACAUAGUCCUCUUAGUCAUCUGAGGAUCAGCUGCAAAUCGUUGAAUGUGUGCUUUCUACCACAGCUUUGAGCCCUGUUUUUGAAGCACUGGUCAGUUGAGCAGUCUUUGUGAAUAAUGUGGCAAAUAUUCCUGCCAAAAAAGGAUUAUUACAUUACAUUUUCUCUUUGAUCCUGAGAUCCAAAGUCAGUUGAAACAUUAACGCUUUUCAUCAUUUGUUUUAAUCAAGUUAAACAUUGCUUUGUGCUGCAUAAUUGUGAACAGAUGUGGGAAACAUCAAAUCCCAAAGCUGGCUUUAAUACUUUUGGCCUGUAGUGCACUAGUUUCAAAUUUGUGGUUUGCUUCAACAGCAGUUCUCCUAAAGCCCCAGACUGGAUUUGGUUGACGGCAGUCUCCCCAUGUUAUUCAUGACAAGUGUCUGAAAUCUGAACUCCAUUGUGUAAUAGGGAUCAGUAAGUCACGGACAGUUUUGAGAAAUGCAAUUGAGAGAAACGCCCCUGCUUGGGCCCAAAAAUAGAAUCAGUUCCCAGAAUCAGCGCGUGGAAGCCCUGUCUCCCUAGCUGAAAUGCUUGGGGAAGCCACUUCCAAUAAUGCAGUGAGUGUGUGAUUUGUCUGACCACUUAAAAUUACUGAACAAAAAAAAAAAGAUAUAUAUAUAUAUAUAUAUAUACAUGUGUAUAAAAUUAGAUUUUUUUUUGGGUUAACGACCUCCCUCUUUUUAAGUAUGAAGUGUAAAUAGGGUGACUGUACAUAGUAAUAUGACCUUGCACAUAUGGAUAUGCUGUACAUUGGAGUACGGUAUUGUACAAUAGAGUGUUUUUUAAAUGUAUGUAUGUAUGUAUUUAUUUAAUUAUUUAUUUAUUUAUUUAUCGAGCUAACUGCACCCAUCAUUUGGACGGUUCCGUUGUGAGGUGCCAUCGCUCACUGCCACGUCCGACCGACCGAGACUCUGAAGCCCACAAGAGAUGAAGUGGCCACAAAAAAAAAAAUGGAAGUAAGCUAACUGCAGUAAUUUAGUGACUUAAUCACAUGACCUAUUUGAAAAUAGCAGCAGAUUUGUGACAGACAUCCAAAAUUCCCAGCUCCUGUUAUCUGACUCACCUUCUUCCUCAGAAGUACAGCUUUCCCUUGAAGUUCCCUUGACUUUCAGUGCUGGGUGAACGUGCUGCCCUUUCUUAUCAUCACUGUAUUUUUUUUUUUUUAUGUAUCUGAUUUCAUUUGGAACACACAUUCAAAAUGUAUUCAAUAAAGUUGGGUUUAUCAGUA